AUGGUCGAGACCCUCUUGACUCCCAAUGAAUGCCAUCAACAAUCGCCCCUCCUAUUCUGGACAAUCAUCGCGGUUGGGUCUCGAAAAUACAGCGAGAAUCCAACGCUGAUCAUCCUGCUUGGUCCCAAAGUCUCCAAGUUGGCCAAGCUGGCCUUGUUCGCACAGGAACCUGUGCUUCUGACCAUACAGGCGUUCCUGCUGUUGUGCUCCUGGCCAAUGCCCUUUGAAGCAUUGAGCAACGAUAUUACCCCAGUCCUCGCUGGAGCGGUGUUGCAACUGGCAACCACCAUCGGUCUGCACGUCUCGGGCGUGGGACAAGAGUUUGCACGCACCAAAGUGAAUCAGGAUCUCACCUACCGCAUGGCACGUGGCAGACUGUGGGCUGCAUGUGUAGUUGUCUCGCAAAGCAGGGUAAUUACAGUCAAUGGGACACCUCCCUUGGUGAUUCCCGACACGUAUGGCGACGACUCUCAGGAGUUGAGUACCUUUAUGACGCCGAGUUUCCAGUUUCAGAAGAAGGUUAGCGAAUAUCUCAGCAUGACCAUUCUAUACAUCCAGAAUCACGCGCUGUACAGGCCUGCAGAUGAGUUGGAUCUUGCGCUUAGUCCCAUCAUUCACUCGGCUACCGAUCGACUGGUCCAACUAGAAUCAGACGCGCCGGAGCGCAUAGAUCGGUUUCAUGCCAUGUCUGCACGGCUUCAUCUCCUAAGUUUCCACUUAUUCAAACACCGAUCCGCGAUUGAAGACUCAACUCUAUUGGUAAUGUACGAGCUUGCUUGCAGGACGAUCGAGCUCGCUAUGGAGCUAGAUUCAGAGCUCAGCAUGGCCGAAUACGGCCCCAUGUAUAUCACAAAGUUCCUGCACAGCGCAGUGAUCACUAUUCUCCGCGUGGGGAGAGCUGCGGUCGCUCAACAGCUGGAUCUGGAGCGCGGGCAACGGAACUAUUUUGCUGUGAUCAAUUACCACAAGAGACACGCCGUACGCCCAGACGACGCCUUUGCUCGGUUCAGUAUCAUUCUCACCCAGUUGUGGACCAGCAGAAAGGUCUUUCAGUACUCGAACGGCCUUGUGGACAGCCUUAGGGUCAGAAGUAAAGCCCGACUUGGGAUGAGCAUGGUUUACGACUGUUUCUGGUGGUGGCGGCAGGAAUUUGGCGGCCAGAGCAAUGUAUAUGGAGACCACCAUGGGGAUGAAAACAGCAACCAUAUCCUCGAUGACUUUGCGCCUAGCUUGGACAGCGACCAACUAGACCUGGUCGACUUGAACCUGACUCCGAUUCCAGACCUACAGUGGCCCGUAUUCGACAAGUUCUUUACCGAAAAUUGGCCGAGUCUAGAUCUAGAUAUGAGCAUAUAA